CGCUCGCAACCGCGACGUUUCUUCUUUUGGGCCAACUCAUCGGUCUUUUGUUUGACAUAGAAAUAUGUUUAUUUUCAGUAAUAGAGCUUCAACACAUUUAAUACAAGAUAACUGUUAGGAUUAACUAUUAAUAUGGAAGUAUAUUACCUUCUAUUCGUAUUGAGUGUCUUUUGGCAUGGCUCUGAAGGUAUAAUGUGGAGUUUGGCUCCCAACACUCAGAAAUGUUUAAAAGAGGAACUACAUGCAAACGUGCUCGUGGCUGGUGAAUAUGAGGUCACAGAAGCUGCAGGACAGAGAAUCGACUAUGUAAUCCGUGAUGCAAAAGGUCACAUUUUGUCACAGAAGGAAUCAAUAAGCAAAGGAAAGUUCACAUUUGUCACAGAGACAUACGAUACAUUUGAAGUAUGCUUCAUAUCCAAAGUACCUCCAGAACGCCGUGGGGUCAGUCAAGAUAUAACAUUAGAUAUUAAAAUUGGAAUUGAAGCUAAAAACUAUGAAGGAAUUGGGGAAGCAGCCAAGCUGAAACCUAUGGAGUUAGAACUGAAGAGAUUAGAAGACCUAUCAGAGGCCAUCGUCCAAGAUUUCACAUUAAUGAGAAAACGGGAAGAAGAAAUGAGAGAUACUAAUGAGUCGACCAACAACCGGGUUCUAUUCUUCAGUAUAUUCUCCAUGGUCUGCCUCUUGGGGCUCGCCACGUGGCAGGUCCUAUACCUUCGCCGGUACUUCAAGGCGAAGAAGCUUAUCGAAUAAAGACUCUAAUUACACCAGUCGCGGAUAAAGUUCCAUGCCUUGUAGGAGAUUUUUGGUACCUUAAUUUUGGGGACUUGUAAUAUGAUCUCUCUACCAUAUGUCUAUGAAUUCGUUUUUUUUUAUAGUCAAGGCGAAGUAAUUUUUGUAUACAGCCAUGUUUUUAUUAGUUGUCCUAUACCUAUGAAAGUAGUGACUGUAUUCUCUUUACUUGAAGCAGUUCGAUUAUUAUUCAUUUAUUUUUUAAAAUAUCCUUUCUGAUUUCUGAAAUUCUGCUCCUUUUACUUACAUCAAUUUAAAGUAUACUUUUCAUUCAUUCAUUCAUACAUGUGUAUAUACAAUUCAAUACUUAACUAUAACAGAUAAUAUAUAUGUAUAAAAUACGCACCUUUAGAGUAUUCUGACAAGAAGGAUAGUCGAUAAAUAUUAAGUUUACAUUCAUCACAUGCAUGUUACUCUAUCCGCGUCCCUAGAUCUUGUGUUAUUAUAUAUUUUAAUAUAAUAAAUUUUUUUCAAUACUUAA